AUGGCACCCCCACGCAAGGCGUUGAUUGCUAUCACUUCCGCCCAUGCGCCGCUCUACCCAGAGGGCAAGGAGACGGGUCUAUUCAUCACUGAGGCGCUUCAUCCGUUCAACGUCUUCAAGAAAGCAGGCUUCGAGGUCGACCUCGUCUCCGAGGAUGGUACCUACCAGCCGGAUUGGUUAUCCCAGCAGAAAGAGUGGCUUCCAGAGGAGGAUCGUGCUGUCUGGGAAGAUCGCUCGAGUGAAUUUCGGUCCAAGCUUGAUAAUUUGCUGAGUCCCAAGGACAUCAACCCGGAUAACUAUGGCCUUUUCUUUGCUUCCGCGGGCCAUGCGUCGCUGAUUGACUACCCCAAUGCCAAGGGGCUGCAGUCAACCGCUGCUAAGGUGUAUACUGAUGGUGGUAUUGUGUCUGCUGUUUGCCAUGGAGGAGCCAUCUUCCCCGGUAUUAUCGACCCCGCCACCGGAAAGUCUGUUAUUGCUGGUCGCAGGGUUACUGGCUUCACCACCCGAGGUGAGGAGGAAGAAGGUGUCCUGGACACCAUCAAGAGCUGGAACAGGCCCACUAUUGAGUCCUCCGCCGCCUCCUCCGGAGCUACCUACGUCUCCCCUGCCGGUCCUUGGGAUGCAUUCACUAUCACGGACGGACGGAUUGUCACUGGUGCAAACCCCGCCAGUGCUCAUGUGACCGCCGAAGCUGCGGUCAAGGCUUUUGAUGCGCUUUAA